ACCGGCGCCGCAGCAGCUAGCAAGUUAGUCAGCACCACAGUGUAGUUUCAGUUGACGUGUGGCUUAAAGUGGACAAGAUAAAAAUACAUUAACGCAAAAUCGCUUCUCUCUGCUGGGCUUUCAGAUCAACACUGCCGAAAAAUCAUGGGUAAAAAUUAUUAUAACAUUCUUGGCAUCAACACUGAAGCCAGUGACGAUGAAAUUAAAAAAGCUUAUAGAAAAAUGGCCUUGAAGUUUCAUCCGGAUAAAAACAAGGAUCCUAACGCCGAGGACAAAUUCAAAGAGAUAGCUGAAGCUUAUGAGGUGCUGAGCGACCCCAAGAAGAGAUCUAUUUACGAUCAAUGUGGGGAAGAAGGUCUGAAAGCUGGAGGAGCUUCUGCCGGUGGCCCUGGUAGCACGUUCCAUUCGUUCCACGGUGAUCCACAUGCUACCUUUGCUUCCUUCUGGGGAUCAAGUCCUUUUGAUAUUUUCUUUGGUACUCAUGGACGUUCCAAUAGAAUGGCAAAUGGCUUUGUACAUGAAGACAUGGACAUUGAUGACGAUGAUGAUCAUGAUCCUUUCAAUGAAUUUAACCAUUUUGGAUUUAAUGGAAUGAAUGGAUUUAAUCGACGGCAUCCAGACUCUCUCCAUACUCGACGGAAGGUGCAGGAUCCUCCAGUAAUUCAUGAACUUAGAGUAUCUCUUGAAGAAAUCUAUCAUGGUUGUACCAAAAGAAUGAAGAUCACACGUAGACGAUUGAACCCAGAUGGGCCAAACCACAGGACUGAGGACAAGAUUCUGAAUGUUGUUAUUAAAAGAGGUUGGAAAGAGGGCACAAAAAUCACAUUCCCUCGGGAGGGUGAUGAAACAGCAACCAACAUCCCAGCUGAUAUAGUUUUUAUUCUGAAAGAUAAACCUCAUCUUCAUUUCAAGAGAGAUGGAUCCAAUGUAGUUUAUGUCGCCAAGAUUACUCUUAGAGAGGCCUUAUGUGGUUGUACAGUUAAUAUCCCUACAAUUGAUGGCAGAGUGAUUCCCCUACCUUGCAAUGAUGUUAUCAAGCCCGGGACUGUGAAGAGGCUGAGAGGAGAGGGUUUACCAUUUCCUAAGACUCCAAAUCAACGUGGUGACUAUAUAGUAGAGUUCCAUAUAAAAUUUCCUGACAAAAUGCCUCCGACAACAAAAGAAAUCCUGAAACAACAUCUACCUGUCUCUUAAAACUCAAAUCAAAGCAAUAUAUUGUGCCAGAAGUUUGAAGAAACAAGCAAGGGUAUUACAUUUUCUAAUAUAAUGCAACAUCUUUCAAAGAAAAUUAUAAAUUCUAUAAAAGCUUUCAGUUCUUUAAUAUGUUAAGCCUUAUGAGCUUAACAAGGGUAAAUGCAAAAUAACUACUGAAUCUGUUGUAGUUAACAAAAAAAUCUUAAUGCAUUCUGAAAUAUUUUUCAGCAGUAUUUUGAGGAUGUGAAGCAGAACUAUAUUUAAAUAUAAUUAAAUGUGUAUGUAUUUGAAAAGUUAUGGUGUGGAGCUAUAUCUCCAAAGUUGGGUUUGACCAGUGCAGAGCAAUUAUUGUAGCAGUUAAACAAUCUGCAUGGUAAACCAGAAAUUUAAUUUGACAGAUGAAGUUAUAAGUGUAUUAUUCUUCAAAAGAAAAGUGAAAUAAUUGUAAACAAAAUAGCAGUAGUAUUUAUGCACAGGUCAACACAGUGCCAUAGAAAGGUGGGAUUUUAUUUGAACCAUGGAAUAACACAUGUGAGUUUACAAAAAAUCACUACCAAGAAACUUUCAAGUUUUGUAAAGCUGUAGAAUAUAUAAAUGUAGCAAUAUUGGUUGUAGUUUUUUUUUAAGUUGCACAAUCAAAUUUGCAUUUAAUCCAAUUUUCUGAAAGCAAUAGAAGCAAUCUGCAUUUUAUAGCUCUCAUUUCAAGCAAGUUUGGUUUGAGAAGCCACAUCUACCUUAAAUACUUUAAUAAUACAAAGGUUAACAGUUAAAAAAUAUAUAUAUAUACAGUGCCCUCCAUAAUGUUUGGGACAAAGACCCAUCAUUUAUUUAUUUGCCUCUGUAUUCCACAAUUUGAGAUUUGUAAUAGAAACAAAAUCACAUGUGG